GCUUUUAUGUUGUAAUAGCAGAUCGCUCUUGGUCGCUGGCUUCGCGCUGGUGUAUGAGGGAAGCGCGUGCGCUCGGUGGGCAGGUAAAAACACACACGGAGCGUUGAGGGAGCGGCGCUGACUUUUCUAUUUUGUACAUACAUUAUUUUGUAUAUACUGUUUAUGAUGACUUCAGUGGUCACUGAUGCUGCCCGGGGCAAUCGGGACAGAGCCCUACCACAAACCACACACACCUCACAACCACAGAAACAUAUACAGGCCACAGCAGAACAGAUGAGACUUGCCCAGGUGAUUUACGACAAAAAUGAUGCAGAUUUUGAGGGCAAAGUCCAACAGCUCAUGGAGGUUGCAGGCAAAACUCAGGACGAGUGCAUGGUAGCCCUUCAUGACUGCAAUGGAGAUGUCAACAGGGCUAUCAACUUCCUGCUGGAGGAGGUCACCAACAAGGACUCCUGGGAAUCAGUCGGCAAGAAGAAAAAAGUUGGAAAAGAAGGGACACCGGCAGAAAACAAAGAGAAAAGAGGAGAAAGGGAAGGAAGGGGUCGCGGGGGUCCAAACAGACGCGGCAGAGGGGCAAGCCGCAACCAGGAAGGACGGACAGAAGAGAAUGGGUUUGAUUCAGCUCUAGGAGAGAGGGGAGGAGACCGUGGCCGUAGAGGAAGAGGGCGAGGUGUUGGAGGCCGGGGAAGAGGCAGAGGAGCUGGAAUAAGCAGGUUCUCUCAGGGAAUAGGGACGUUUAACCCCGUAGACUUCAGCGGCUCUGCUGAAGCGGGAGAGGCUGGAACUGAAACUACUGAAGCAGCAGGAGCCUGGAAGGACACCGUGGAAGACUGGGCUGCCGAAGACUGGAAUGAAGAUCUGUCUGAGACCAAAGUGUUUACUGCCUCCUAUGCUACUGGCUCCAAGAACCACAUGCAGCCUGGGCAGGGGAUGGAUCUGGGCUCUCUGUUGCCUAAGGAGGCAGAGGGCGACUCUGACCUGACCGGUUUCGAUCCGUCGUGCCCUGACACUCUCACCCAGAGUUUGGUGUUCACCAACUCGCAGCAGCACGGCAGCCGAGCGCACACGCACAGCUACGCCUCCGCUGCUGCCGGCACUUAUGCACACGCUGCAUCGUCCAUGCUGGGAUCCAGACUUCCCCAAAAUGAUGUACUGAAAGCGGAACCAAUCUGCGCACCCCGAGUCACCACUCUGUCCAAUCAGGUCCACCGGGGAAUGAGCAAUGGCACCACAUCUGCAGAAUCCAUUGCUCCAGUUCCCUCAGAAGCCACACCUGUGACUUUCAAUGAACCAAAGGAGACCCCUGUUACAGUAGCUCACUUGGACCUGAAGGCUCAACCUGACCCGUCCCCCAUCCUCAGUCAACUGACCCAGCAUCAGAACUCAUCACUCCAGUCGGACCUGCCGGCUCAGGCCCGUGACCCCGCCCCACUACCCCCAUACGAUGGUCCCUCUCCAUCACUGAAACCCUUUUCUGAGCCUGUCGUCACCAUGCCUGAGCCUGCACAACCCAAAAACAUCAGACCACAGAAACGGAGAGUGCCCCCUCCCUCAAAGAUUCCCUCUUCUGCUGUAGAGAUGCCAGGCUCAGCUGAUGUCUUUGGGCUGAACGUGCAGUUCGGUGCACUGGAUUUUGGAUCGGAGUCCACUGUGGAUAAUCUUAACCAAUCAGAAACCAGUUUUCAGGAACCCGUGGCUGCUCCGCCUCAAAGUCAGAGCAGCCUGUACUCCAAACCCAGCAUCAGUGAAUCCGCUGGUUUGCCUCCAGCAGUGAUUGAGUCCAGUUACCCAUCACCCUCUCUUGGUUUACAAAGCACUACUGCCCCUGCCUUGGCUUCAUCUGCUAGCAGAGCAGACUCCACUACCACCACCACCACCCCUCUCAGCAAUGGAUUUGGUGAAAUGAGGACGUCCAGCGCACAGGACUCUGUCAUGUCCAACACCCCGCAACCAGUGACCACAACUCUCCCCAGUGAAAACAGCUUGUCAUCUUCAUCACUCUCAUCAUCUUCAUCGACAGCAGCGCCUGCUCUCAACACAGCUCUUAGCAGUCAUGUGAGCAGCGGUACUUCUCUCGGUUCUUCGGUGCCCAGCAGCUCUUCCCUGAGCUCUCAAAUGGGAGGUGAUGUGAGCACGAGCCUGCCCGCGUACCCCAGUUCUGUGUCCAGCACGGCGGUUAGCUCAAACGGACUGGGCGCUGUAAACCAGAACCUCAACGCAAACGGAACAUCCGCUCCCUCUGCUGGCCGUAUUGCAUCACUGCAGACCACCAUGACCACCAACAGCAAUUCUGGUAAAGCUCCUCCUAAUUUGGCUCAAGGUAUCCCACCUUUGCUAGCCAGUCAAUACAUCAUGGGGCCUGGUGGGCUUCUUCCUGCUUACCCGCCGAUGUAUGGAUAUGAAGACCUACAGAUGAUGCAGUCCCGCAUGCCUAUGGAUUAUUAUGGAAUGGCCUUUCCUGGUACGGCACUAGCUGGCAGAGAUGCUGGAUUAGCAAGCAAUCCCUACUCUGGUGAGCCCACCAAAUUUGGACGCAGCGACUCAAACUCCCCUGCUCCUGCCACCAGCCUCUCUUCAGUGCCCCCGUCGCAAACUCAGAGCACCGUCCCUCCUCAAACUCAAGGGCCGCAGAACCCGGGCCAAGCCCAGCAGGGCCAGACGCAGGCCUUCCUCAACCCCUCCUUGCCCCCAGGUUACGGAUACACCAGCCUGCCCUACUACCCCGGUAUGCCAGGAGUGCCCAGUGCCUUCCAAUACGGUCACACCGUCUUCAUGCCUCCCGCAUCCACAAAGCAGCAUACCAUGGGCCCGUCCAGCCAGUACCAGCACCAGGCUGGAUACAGUCAACACGCAUACGGACCAGGUUUCGAUGAGCUGUCACAGGCUCAUGCCGCAGGGGAAUAUGGGAAGGGUGGAUAUGGAGGCAGCUCCCAGUCACAGGCCAAAGCUAUGAGUAACAGCACUGGAAAAGCACCUGGACUAUCUGGAUCUGCAAGCUCAGACCUUACGGGAACAGUGUAUAGCAAGGCUCAGACAUUUGACAAGCAGGGUUUCCCUACAGCAGCAGCUCCUGCCUUCAGCCUGCCCUCAGCACUGGGAGGAACCGGGCCGCUCAACCCCACAGGUGCCCCCGGCUACGCCCCUGCACCUUUCUUACACAUCUUACCCCAUCAUCAGCAGCCCCCUUCACAGUUACUUCACCACCACAUGGCUCAAGACACACAGGGCCAACGCAGUCAGUCCAGCAGCAUGCAGAAGAAUCAGGGCAAGUCCACUUACAACAGCUCUCCCUACUGGGCUAACUGAACAUUUACUUUAUACUGUUACUGAGAGAUUGAAGCCCAAAUCUGUGUGGUCACACUGUCCAGCCUCUGAGAUCGAAAACAUGCACACACGCAAACACACGCUGUACCAGUUCUCCAUCGCCCCCCUCCAACGUUCUCCUCUAAUUCUUUCCAUUUUGUUUUUCCUUCUCUGAAUUAGGUUUUUCCAUGUAAGAUAUUUAUGUGUAAGUAUUUAUAUAUACUGUAAAUGUUAAAAAGCCGAACAUGAGAUAUGGUCGCUCCAUUUUAUUUUUGAAGGACUUUUUUGGUUUUGUUUACUUUUUAAAAACCGCAGAGAUGUAGCAAAAAAUAAAUAAAAGAAAGCAUUUUGAGGAAAACUUACUGAAAUUGUGAUGGAGUUGACACAGUGGAGCUAUUGGGUGGGGGUUUCACCCAUUUAAACAUUUAAGGGUUUUCACAGACAUCAAGAGCGUUUUACUCUUGAGCCCGUCCCUUUGAGGAUUGUUCUUCUGUAUACAGUGGUUCUUAAUUUCUGUCAUCUAACAGAGAAAAACAGUCCACAAAUUUUAUAUUUUACUCUUGUUCCCCUCUGAAUAAAAGUUCUGAGCUAUUCAA